AACACAUUCACUGCAGUGCAUUGAAGUCGCUAGCAAGCAACCACAGAUAAGCUUAACGAAUUCAUUUCGAACAUUGGAUGAUGACCAUGAAGAGUCUGACCAGAGCAUGAAUGGGAUAGUGCUAACCUCCACUCCCCUACAUGGAGAACGCCAUCGCAUGGAAUGUUAGAGGCCUUAAUGGCCAUGAAAAGCAGAAGGAUGUUGCUAGACUUCUGCUUAAGCGCAAGAUUGGGCUUGUUGCUCUCCUGGAAACUAAAAUUAAACCUGAUAAAUUUGAUAAUGUUUAUUCUCAUGUUUUUCAGGGUUGGUGUGUUGCCGGUAACCUCAAUCUCCAUAAAGAGGGUAGGAUUCUAAUCUUGUGGUUGGAUAGCCAGUUUACUGUUGACGUUAAGCAUGUAACGGAGCAAUGCAUUCAUCUAAAAGCUGUUAACCUCACUUUGAACUCCACAUUUGAGUGCACUUUUGUAUAUGCUCAUAAUGAUGCUAAAAGCAGGGAGAAGCUUUGGACCGAUCUAAUAUCAAUCAAAAACUCCAUGAAUGAAGCCUGGCUUCUUGCUGGUGACUUUAACUGCCCAUUGUUCCAAGAGGAUAGGAUUGGAAAUGAAGUCAGGUUUGCUGAACUCAGGGACUUUAAGGAGUGUACGUUGACUUGUGAGAUCCAAGACCUUCCAUACAUUGGAAACAAGUACACAUGGAGUAAUAAGCAGCAGGGUGAUAGGAGAGUGUUGUGCAAGAUUGACAGAUGCCUUGUCAACCUCAGCUGGAUGGAGAAAUUCCCUGACUCUUCUGUAAACUUUUUGCCUGAGCAGGACUUUGAUCACUCCCCUGCUCUCAUUUCUUUUGAUAAUAGGUCCACUAACAACAGGAGGCCUUUUAUGUUUUAUGAUAUGUGGACUCACCAUACUACUUUUGCAGAUACAGUCACUCAGACUUGGAGCAAGGAGGUUACUGGAACGCCAAUGUAUUGCCUUGUGAAGAAACUCAAAGCCUUGAAGUUUGGGCUGAAAAGCCUAAACAGGAGUCACUACAGCAAUAUUGAGGAGAGAAUGUAUGAAGCCCAAAAAAAUCUCUUGGCGCGCCAGAAGGAUGUUCACUCCCAGCCUCACAACAUUGACCUCAUUGCAGAGGAGAAGAGGGCAGCUGAAGCUUACAAGGAAGCUAAAAAGGCAUACAACAGCUUCACUCACCAGAGGGCUAAGAUGCAUUGGUUGAAGGAAGGUGAUGCUAACACUAAGUUCUUCCACCAAAGUAUCAAGGCAAGGAAGUUCCAGCAGAGAGUGCUUGCAAUUCAAGACAAGAAUGGAGUUACACAGAAAGGCCCAGAGCUAGUUCAGAAAGCAUUUGAAGAUUUCUAUGUAGAUUUGAUUGGUACGGAAAUGCUAUCCAGAACCUCCAUUCAGGAAGGAAUAAUCGGCAAAGGUGAAGUUGUUAGUGAUUAGCAAGCAUCCAUGUUAGUGGCAGAGAUUUCUGAUAAAGAAAUCAAACAAGCUAUGUGGUCUAUCCCAGGCUCAAAGGCCCCAGGUCCAGAUGGUUAUAACAGUACCUUCUUCAAGCGAUCUUGGGACAUUGUAGGGAAAGAUGUCUGUGAUGCUAUCAGAGAUUUCUUCACCCAUGGAAAGCUCCUCAAAGAGGUUAACUGCACAAUACUCACCCUCAUCCCAAAGGUCCAGUACCCUCAUCAUGUAAGUGAGUUCAGACCCAUUGCAUGUUGCAAUACUAUUUACAAGUGCAUUACAAAGAUCAUCUGUUCCAGACUCAAGAAAGUGUUACCUUCAAUCAUUGCUCCUAAUCAAUCAGGCUUUGUUCAAGGAAGACAAAUCAUUCAUAAUGUGAGUGUAGUGCAGGACAUAAUUGGCUCAUAUGGUAGGAAAGCUACCCCACCCUGUUGUUUGUUAAAGGUGGAUAUCAGGAAGGCCUAUGACUCUGUGGAUUGGAAAUUCCUCCAUCAGCUCCUUGAGGCUAUGCACUUUCCCCUGAAAUUCAUUACAUGGGUGAUGCAAUGUGUUACUACUCCUUCUUACUCGUUGUACUCUAAUGGCAACACAUUUGGCUUUUUUGCAGGCAAAAGAGGACUAAGGCAAGGAGAUCCUAUGUCCCCUCUCCUCUUUGUGAUAUGUAUGGAAUAUCUGUCCAGACUGCUUACAUAUGCUGGACAACAACAGGAUUACAAAUAUCAUUUCAGAUGCAGGACGCUCAAACUAAAUCAUUUAGUUUUUGCUGAUGACUUGAUAAUCUUUUGCAAAGGAGACUUGAAAUCAAUCAUGCUUAACUUGAGAGCCCUGGCUACCUUUGCUGCGACUUCUGGACUUAAUGCUAAUGCAGGGAAAUCAGCCUUUUAUUCUUGUAAUAUGGAUGCUCAAGUUAAGGAGGAAGUCAUCAAAAUAUCAAAAUACAAGGAGGAGAGCCUACCAUUCACCUACCUGGGGGUAAAGAUUGACUCCAAGAAGCUAAGUAAGGAUGAUUGUUCUUUCCUCAUUGAUAAAAUAGCUGCUAGAAUUAGAUCAUGGGGCGUAAGAACUUUGUCCUAUGCUGGUAGGGUGCAAUUGGUCAAUUCUGUCCUGUUGAGUAUGCACUGUUAUUAGUCCUCCAUCUUCAUUCUUCCUAAACAGGUUAUUGAGGGAGUCAUUAGUGCCUGCAGGAAUUUCUUGUGGGGUGGUAAGGUCGCCAGCCACAAGACCCCCUUAGUUGCCUGGGACUUGAUAUGUAGAAAAAAAAGAGAAGGAGGACUGGGGCUGAAAGAGAGCCAUGCUUGGAAUUUAGCAUUGCUAGGUAAGUAUGUAUGGUCCAUUGCUAGUAAGGCUGAUAACUUGUGGGUAAAAUAGAUCAACCAUAUUUAUCUGAAAGACAAGGAUUGGAAGACCUACUCCCCAACUUCAGCUGCCAGUUGGUAUUGGAAGCAAUUAUGCCAAGUUAAAGAUAGAUUCAGAAGUGGUUACAAUGGCAACAAAUGGGUGUUUCAGCAUAAAGGAUACACGACCUCUAGUGGCUAUAAAUGGCUAAGAGGGGAAGGACAAGAAGUUGAUUGGGCAGGAUGGGUUUGGAAUAAUCUCAACAUCCCUAAACAUAGCUUCUUAUGUUGGCUAGUGAUGUGGAGGAGAGUCCAGACAAAGGACAGGCUGAAAAAGAUGCAGAUUCAAACAGAUGAGCUUUGUCCUCUGUGUGAACAGGAGCUUGAAACUUGUGAUCAUAUUUUCAUUACUUGUCCUUAUGCCUCUACCUGCAGGAAACUGUUGGAGGACCAAAUUGGGAUUAAUGUCUCAAUAGCGGACUUGACCCAGCUCAGUACUUGGCUGCGAAAACCAUGUAAUGGAAGGUUUCGAAGGAGAGUGAUCCAGUGCACCUAUGCUGCUCUAAUGUACAACAUUUGGAAGCAAAGGAAUGCUGCAGUCUGGCGGAAAUGCAUAGCAAGUCACCAAAGCACUGUUGAGAAAGUCACUAAAGAGGUUUACUGGCGAAUUGUUAGUGUAAUGCCUAAGAAGCCAUCUUGUACUGAUAAAAACUGAUCUGAACAUGAAAAGAGAAUCUGUGGAGAUGGAUCUGCUUGAUAUCAAAGGUCUCGGGCCAUUUUUGAACAGAUCUGAACAUGAUGCUGUUUGUAGAUAUAUGGCAAACAGGAGCACCGUCCCUUCAUCCUAGUAACCAUCCUCCAAUGCAGCAUGGAAAUCAAGUAAUAGUCCCUUCUUAAGCACUACUCCUCUCUCUUAUUAUUGGCCUCAUUUGAUGAAAAAAAAACUCAUAUUUAGUUAAACGGGACUAAUUAUAAGUGACAGAGUAGUACCUUCAUUGCAUGCAUACUUGACCUUUUAGCUUGUUGUUCAUAAUGUCAUACCAAAUGUAUAUCUGCAAUGGCUAUAAAUUGUACUGGUUGAUAGUUGAUAUAUAUGGUUUGUUGCAUCAAUUGCUCCUCCUUUGCUACCACUUAACAAGUUAACAGAGAUAGGAUGGAUAAUUGAGAUUAGUGUCAUUUGGACUAGUACAUCAGCUAUUAUUACUUCAUCUACAUUUGGUGUUGAACCACCUCCUUAGUGAUAUUGACAGGCAGACUAUUAUCAAAUCAUCAUCAUUAACUAUCUUCCUCCAUCUGAACAUUCGUAGGAAACAAACAACACAACUUACCCCACUUCCAUGGCUCUUUCAUUCCAUCACCUUCAAUCUCUCAAUCUUCAUACAUCAUUUCAAGUAUUUUUCUCUCUCCUUCAAAAAACCUUUUUUUUUUUCUUAAUUUUAUAAGGCUUUUUAAUUGUUUCUCAUCCUUAUUCCAGAUCUAGUGUUUUAAUGUGAAUCCAUUAUUGGAUGAGGAUAGUCGUACUUUUUUACUUGUGCUGGGUUUUUUGACUUCUUGUUUGAGUGGGGAUUUUUACUUGUGAAUCCAUUAUGGCUAAAUCAUUUUUUAAAUUUUUGAUAGUUCGUUGUUGUAAUGGUUUUCGUUUAUGUUCAUGGUGUUUAUUGGUAGUUUUAGGUUUGUUUGGUGUUAGUGGUGGUUCGAUUUUGGUGGUAGGUAGUUUUAGGUUGUUUGGUGUUGGCUGCGGUUUGAUUAUGGUGGUUGGGGAUUUGGAGUUUGGGGGUUGUAUAGGCAGAAAUUUAUAUGGUGUUAGGGAUGGUGAUCUAGUGGUGUAGUCGUCCUUGACGGUGGACUCUCGGAGUUGGCUAUGAACUUACAGUGGUGGUUGAUUGCACUGUUGGUGAAUUGUGUUGGUGGGCCCAUCUUUUUUGUUCUAGUGUGGUAACCUUACUAAACAAAGGGCAUUUAAGUAACUCUGUCACUAUGGGUGUUGUCUGUUUUAUUUUAUACCGCAAGCGUACGGAUAAUUGUAGUACUUAUUGGUCGACACAGGGAGACAACAAUUGAUAUGAAUUUAGUUCAACUAAUUUGCAAGGAUAAAGAGUAAUUGUUGUGAAUGGGUUUUGAUGUUUGGUGAAGAACAAUCAACAAUAAAUGCACAAAGAACUACCCAAAAACAGAGCGCAACAACAAUAGACAACAAACACAAGAUUUAUGAGGUACCUAUGGAUACCUCCCCCUCAAACAAAGAUCACUUUCAUUAAUAUACUCAACAAUACAUCAAUGACAAGCCUCACAACCUUUGAGAACACUCUCUCAAAGAAAAUAUUGAACCUUUAAUAUCAAUCUCACACAAGCAACCUAAUAUAAGGAAGAAAGAACUCUCUUGGCUAAACCCUAGUUGUUUUUAUGUAUUAGGCUCCCCACACUUGUUCUAAUGAUGUUUUAAGACCCUUAUAUAACCCUAAGACCAAAGGGCUUAAAGCCCAAGCAAAACCGCAACAAAAACAGAAACUGACGCUGAGAUGGAGCUAUUGCUCACUAAAUUCGUGUAAAAUCAAAAUAGCAAUGAUAUUCUCCAUAGCAUUCCACAAAUUUGUGCAAAAAUUAAUCAAGAAUUGAAAAUGUUGAUAUAUGAUUGAAAUGCACACUUGUCAGAGAUCAGAAAAUCAAAUUCCACGAUUAAAUGCAAUUCAUGAUUGAUUAUGAUUUGUAAUUGGAACAACAAAACGAAUAUUUAAAAGAAUUGGAAACUGAAUUCGUACUUGUUAUUGCCAAUUCCAAACAAAAUUGCAAUAUACUUGAUUUUUUUAAACUUCACCAGAAUGAUGAAAAUGUCACUUGUAUUGCUGUGGGUUUCGUGUUUUAUUCUUCGUGUCCCUCUUCUGCAGCCUUGCUCUGAUACCAAGUUGAUGCGUGAAUGCCUUUAAGCUUUCCAAGAUUCCACCUAGGUGUUCAAGAAUGCCUCUGAUGGUCUUGUUGAAUACUCCAAACCCAGAUACACCCUUCUGAUCUUUAGGAACAGAAGGUUGACCAGAACAAAUCCAAAGGAUUGGUUCUGUGACUUGGACAGAAACAAAUUGGUCUACACUCAACCAUUUGGCCUCUUCCUCACACUUGGAUUAAGAUUCACUCUCUCAAUCUUUGUGGAAAUCUGAGUACACUCCUUGCUUCACUCACAAAGAACACACAGAGGUCAAGAAAUACUUCAUGUAUUCCUCCUUUGAACAAUUGUCAAUACAAUCACUUUUAUGUUUAUUGAAAUCAAAAUCAAAAGAAAUUUACAAAUGAAGUGAGGAUCCUUUAUAUAGGCCUCACAAGGAUCUUAACGGCGAUAUUAGCCUAACUAACUUGCUUAACAAAAUCAAGAAUGCACGUGCUAACAUAUGCACAACAAAACAGAAUUAAAAGGCUUAUUUUUGUUUGCUGACUGAACUAGCCUUAACCUACUGAUUGUACACUUACUAUUAAAUGUGUCCUGGAUCCUGCUGUGCUUCGGCCGUGAAUGGUGGUUGAUUGGAGGGUUGUUGCAAGGUUGCUUGUGCUCUUGUUUUGCUGCACAUGCUCAUCAGCAGGUACAUCAGAAGGCAUCUCAGGGGCAGGUCCAUCAGUAGGUUCCUCAUCAGUGUAUGCUUCUGCUUGUGUUAUUUGUGAUCCUAUUGCAAAUGGAUGAAUAAGAAAACCGCCAGUCUCAACUGAAAUUAGGGCAUUCUCGGCCGAGAGUGGGCGACUUCGACUGAAGCCCAUAGAGUCUCGACCGAUGUUGUAAGUGAUUUUAUUUAAAAGUUUUUCUUUAAUACAGUUUGUAAGAUUGCAUUUUUAAUAUUUUUAAUGUUUUUCUCUAAUUCAUAUACUCUUGCCGAUCUUGCUCAUUUGAGCCUUGAGGUUCAAUGAAACUAUUUAGUUAUGGUGAAAAUCCAAUAAUUUAGGUUAGACUUCAGAGUGUUUAUAUGAAAUACCAUCUAGAUCUUUCGUCUUUUCUUUGUAGUAUAGUUUGUUACAUUGUAGUGCAUUUUAUUUUCUUAAAAAUUGUCUCUGUGUUUUGAAUACUUCUGUUUGAUUGUGUUUUAGGACUUGCUUGCAUUUGGUGCCUUAGACCUACCACCAUAUAGAGGAUAAAGCAUAAUAUGAAAUGAUUAAAAUUUUCUUUCUGAUGCUUUAUUUGGAGCUGCUGUAAAAUUGUAUGUCGUUACUUGUUAACGUGUUUCUUUCUAUUGAAAUCUCCUUUUUGGAAACAUAUUGAACAUCUUUGUAUAAAACAAUGGUGUUUGGAUUCUAUUUCAACCAUUUUGUCCGAUA